GUUUCCGUAGUUAUAUCAUUUCCUGUGUCAAGAUGGCAGCCAUGAGGAAUGGCCUGACUCCGGCUUGUCUCGUGGGACGUUUUGUCCUCACACAAACUGCGAGACCUAACGCGGGCAGGCAAACGUGGUCGGGCAUUUGGAAGCACCGCUGGCUCCAGAGGUCUCAUGUGCACACGGCAUUUAACUCAAACAGUUGGUCCGCCGGCACCACAUCUAUGCUGCGCAGGCGGCGCCAUGAGAAGCUGCUGCUCUGUGUGGCCGUGAGAUACAACAGCUCCCAGACUCAGAUACUGAGUGAGGGCGACCCUGUGGUGGCGGCAGACAGCACCAGCGUCCUCCAGCAAGCGAUCCCCGAACAGGUUCCAAUUGGGCCUGUUUCCGUGGCAACGGGAGACAAUGCCGCCCUGUUGCUGACGCAGGCGACGGCGGAUGGAGCGGAGGUCCUGCGAGCUGCCGAUCCGGAAGCCCGUCUGAUCGACCUGGGCUUGGCUGGCCACACCCCGGUGGGUGUCAUCCAGAACCUGCUGGAGUUCGCGCACAUGGAUGUGGGGCUGCCCUGGUGGGCGGCCAUCGUUAUUGGGACGGUGGUGGCUCGCCUGGCCGUUUUUCCCGUCAUCGUGAAGGGCCAGCGGGAGGCGGCCAAACUCAACAAUGUCAUGCCCGAGAUGAGCCGACUUAACACCAGGAUGACGGAGGCCAAAAACAGCGGGAACAAGUUUGAAUUCGCCAAAGCGUACACCGACCUCACCUUGUUCCAGAAGAAGCAUGACGUCAACCCCCUCCGCGGCUUCUUGGUUCCUCUGGUGCAGGCUCCCAUCUUCAUCUCAUUUUUCAUGGCGCUAAGGCAGAUGGCGUACUUGCCAGUGCCGAGCAUGCAGACAGGAGGCGCGCUGUGGUUUCCGGAUUUAACGAUGGCCGAUCCCUUCUAUGUCCUGCCUCUGGCUGUCACGGGAACCAUGUUCUUCAUUCUGGAGCUGGGCGCCGAGUCGGGCGUGGACAACCCCAACCUGCGUGCCAUGAAGACCGUGUUCCGGAUCAUGCCCUUCAUCAUCCUCCCGCUCACCAUCAACUUCCCCACGGCCGUGUUCACCUACUGGCUCACCUCCAACUGCUUCUCCUUGGCUCAAGUGGCGUUGCUCAGACACCCGCUGGUCCGAGACAAACUGUCCAUCCCCGAGAAGAUCAAGCACCCGGCCUCGGCGCUGCCUCAAAAUGACGGCUUCAUCGCCAGCAUGAAGAAAGGAUGGAAGAACGCGCAGCUGGCUCAGCAGCUGGAAGAGCGAGAGAGACGCAUCAAAAAUCAUCUGGACCUUGCUGCGAAAGGUCCACUGAGGCAAACAUUUACCCACAAUCCUCUACAGCAGAUCCCUGCCGCCAAAGAUACAAAGAGCGCAACCACGACGAGGCCGUGGAAGGACACGAUGGGAUGAAGUGUGUCGUGUAUAUAUUUAUUGAUAAAUAUUGUCACUGUGUAUGAAUCCUAUUUACAUUAAAAUGGAAAAAACAUUGACACAAA